AUGUCAGUGUGCUUUGAUCAGCAGCCCAGCAUGAGCAGCAGCUCUUCUUUACUGGUGUUGUUUAUUAAGGUCUCUUCCUGUUUGGGGUUGCUUAGUUGUCAGAAGCAUGUUGGCCAUGGAAAACUUAGCACUGCUACUUCUUCUGCCAGCAUAGUGACACUGGAUUCAUGUGGCAUGGAAGCAUUAGAGGACAGUGUGAGUGCCUGGAGCUGUAAGCAGGUGGCCCAGUGGCUGCAGGAAGGAGGUUUCGGGGAGUAUGUGGAGUUAUUGUGCGGACAGCACCGCCUGGACGGCCCCAGCCUGCUGGCUCUGACCGAGCCCGACCUGCGUGGGCCUCCGCUGGGCCUCACCGUGCUGGGAGACAUCAAGCGGCUGACCAUAGCUCUCCGACGGCUCCAGAGACGGAACCAGGCGCAGCUGGAGGAGCUGGGUCUCCGACCUGCAGACAGCCCCGCUGCCGAGCCAUUGCUGGGCACCACAGGGAGGGAGUGGAGCUGUGAUGGAACUGACAGGAGGUGUAAUGGAGGUGAUCGCUUUUAUAAUGGGACAGAGCUGAGGCUGAGGAACGGUGACAGAUCCGCAUUAUGCUCAGCAGCUACAGCACACACACACUAUAACGGGAGGUGUAGGCAGCACCUGUCAGGCAGGUUGGACCCAGAGGUGUGGAAGACGAUCCUCAGCUCCAUAUAUGUCUUUUUUGUGUUUGGAUUCACAUCUUUUGUCAUGGUCAUCGUACAUGAGCGAGUCCCGGACAUGAGGACAUACCCCCCACUCCCUGACAUAUUUCUGGACAGUGUUCCCAGAAUCCCUUGGGCUUUUGCUAUGGCUGAAGCCUGUGGCCUCAUCCUGUGUUACAUGUUUAUAUUGAUCCUUCUCCUCCACAAACACAGGUCGAUCCUCUUCAGACGGCUGUGUUCUCUUAUGGGAACUGUGUUCUUGCUUCGUUGUUGCACCAUGUUUGUCACAUCGCUCUCUGUGCCUGGGCAGCACCUGAAGUGUUCCAGUAAGACGUACGCUGAUACCUGGGGAAAGAUGCAGAGGGCAUUAAUGAUCUGGAGUGGGUUUGGGAUGACUCUGACCGGCGUCCAAACUUGUGGAGACUACAUGUUCAGUGGACACACCGUUAUCCUCACAUUGCUCAACUUUUUUGUAACUGAAUACACUCCACGAACUUGGAAUCUGAUUCACACCAUAUCCUGGGUGUUAAACCUGUUUGGGAUUUUCUUCAUCCUGGCGGCUCACGAGCAUUACUCCAUCGAUGUGUUUAUCGCCUUCUACAUCACCACCCGCCUCUUCCUUUACUACCACACCUUAGCAAACACCCGCGCCUUCCAGCACAGCCGGAGAGCGCGCAUAUGGUUCCCCAUGUUCUCCUUCUUCGAGUGCAAUGUGAACGGACCUGUCCCCAACCAGUACCACUGGCCGUUCAGCAAACCUGCCUUCAUGAAAACUCUGAUCGGAUAGAGUCAAAAUGCAGCAGCAGUAAUGAACAAAGACAGUUAUAUUAAAGCCUGAAUGAGAAAAGUUUUAUUUAAAAUGCCGCUUCCUAUCUUGAUGUGGGAGUUGUUUUCCCUCAUUUCUAUAACUGAAUGAUUUAAAUUUUGUAACUAAUCUUAUAAUAGUUUGACAUUUGGGGAAUAUGCUUAUUAGCUUUCUUUUUUUUUUUUAGCUAAAAAAGAUGGUGAUAGUUAUCUUAGCUUAGCAUAAAGACUGGAGCUGGAUUAUAGGGCCUACAGGUACAGAUGAUUUUGUUUAUUUUUGCUUUGAUUAAUAACUUUUGAUUGAUCAUAUUCCACUUUGGGAAUGUUUAGUGGCUGUUGGCUUCACUUGACAGCUACUGUACACAAAGCUGUAUUGCAGGUUGAUACUGUAGUUGGCACUUUUUUGGGAAUCGUUGUGGUGACAGUUUACAUGUUUUUUUGCUGCAAGAGAUUUCACACCUGUGUGGUAACUACUAGGAAAGGGAAACGGUUUCUUUUGUUGUGCAACAGGAAAACUCCACCUGUUCUCUAAUGAAAGAGCUCUGUUUCAAUCACUUUUUUAUUAUUUUCACUUUACUAAUUGAACUCUUUGUUGUAUUUGAUAAUGUCCUUAAUGGGAUAGUGUAGCCUCCCAAACUCAAACAAAUAUCUGAACAUUUAUUGUAAUGUCCAGUUUUGCCAGUAAGGCCUUUGUAUGAUUUUUUUUUUAAAUCCUAAUUUCAUACCGUUUUAUGUUUUUAUUCCAGAUUGUUAAUUGUGUAAUGAUUAUAGAAAGGUGUGGACACUUUAUUGUCCAGAGUUUACCUCUGUUGCACAGUACAAAGACUUUACUUUUGGGUAACAAAGUUUCAAAGUAUAUUGUUUACGUCAUGGUUGAUCCAAAGUAUAUCUUUUAAAUAAUUGUUUACAAUUGUUUUGCUUUAUUUGCAAUGCAAGUAAUCUAUCUCUGCCUUUUGGCUCAGCAAUAAAAGUUUACACAUGAGGAAAACAGUUUUUAUAUUUCAGAUUUUCCUUGGCUGCUUUUUCACAAAUGUGUUUCUUUUUGUUGAAUCAAAUUCAUUUGACAUACGUUAGAAAAUUACACAUUGCUUGUGCUUUGUAAAAACAUCAUCUAUCAGUGGGGAAAAUUCCAUGAUUUUGUAAGGUGUGCCUCUAAUACCAAUAUAACUUCAUACGUGGUUCUCUUCACACCUUAAAAUAAAUCUCUGAUUAGAGUCACAUCACUUUUCAAACAUUAUCAAUAAAGAUAUGCGUAGUUGCACACCUUAAUAUAAAGCCACCAUGAGAGAGUUCUCACACAGAUCUGCUUUCUUUUGACCGAUUCACAUCAAAUCUGAGGAUGGCUUCUCUCCGAGUGUUUGUUUGCCUGCUUGGACUGGUUGUCUUGUGUCACUGACUGCUUCUUCGAGGAGUUAGUGCUGAAAGACCUGAACCAUCCUCCAACAGGGUGUGUGGAUAAGGAUGGAAAGCAGCAUGAUUUUGGCACUGAAUGGGACAGAGACUGCAUGGCCUGCUCUUGUACGGCCGAGGGCAUGAGCUGCUGUAGCAAGAUCCCUGAUGCGGACACAGUGAAUGCUCCAGCACACUGUGAGCUGGUGGUAAAUAAGGAGGCCUGCACCUUCAAGACGGUGAUGAAGUCAGACAUGACAAAAGAGUGUACCCCCAUCUAAACAUACCAAACGUUUGUUAAAUGUUUGAUAUUUUAUCAACUAUUGUAUGCCGUGUACAGAACGUACAAUGAAUUACCAUUAAAAGAGACGUAUAACA